AUUAGACUUCCAUUAUCAGAUUCCCUUCAAGGUAAUUCUUAGCUGAUACAUUCAAAAUGACGCUUCACAAUGAUGCCGCGACUGGCGCCCUCACAAAAACGGCGUUAGACAACUACCUCAUUACUCAAAAGAUCGACGAGCGCAGCACAGAGAAAGGAAACGGCACCAUUGGUUUGACCCCUCUUGCACUAGCUGCGCGAAAUGGUCAUGCCGAUAUUGUCAAGCUUCUCCUUGACAAUGGUGCCGAAGUGGAUGCUUUCUCGUCUUACCUGCGUACCCCUUUAUGGAUCGUGACUUCUCAAGAUCAGGGUGAUAACCGGGUAGAGAUAGUCAGUAUUUUGUUGAAACAUGGAGCUGACGCCAAAUAUUCCUGCCCUAACCUCCACAAUGGGUCCACUCCCCUUGAGAAUGAGCUCGGACAAGGAAAGGAGCCAGGGGUGAUUCAACUCCUGGUACAACACGAAGGCACAACAGAGAAGGCCUUGGAGCUAGCAAUUCAGCUUGACUAUCCGGAGAUUGAUGAUGCCAUGAGGAUCAGCGAGCGAAGAAAUAAUAGCUUCCGCGACUUUAUCGUUAGCCUCAUCACGGCACUCAUCCUCUUCAUCUUAUCAUGGCUUAACAGCAGUGCCCUGAUGGGGGUUGCCAACAGUGUCUUCAACAAGUUCCAGAUCAGCGGCAACAGGACUAGCGCCAUGGCCAAGAAGAUCGAAGCUGAAAUACCACAGCCCAAAACGAAAGAAGAAUUCCAAAAGAGCAUCGGCGACUUCGUGGAAAACCACGGGUUAGGAAAAUUCUUCAGCAAGGGUAACGAACAAUUGCUAGAGGAUAUUACAUCGAAGGCCGUGGAUUUACAAAACGAUGAGACUACGGUCUUGGGCCAACCAGAAAACACUGAGAAUCUUGUAAAAUUCGCACUUUACCAGCCUGUUAUUUAUUGUGACGACAGCGGGUCGAUGAACCCCAGAAACAACCCUCAGGGAGAAGACCGUAUGGAAGAUCAGCGCCAAUUAGUCGGGAGAAUCGCAGCAAUUUGCACUAAGAUCGUGCCUGAUGAACUUGGUGUCCACUUGCGGUUUAUAAACAGUGAACCGCCUCACACUAAUGACCUGAGCGCAGAUUCUAUCAAAGAUAUCAUGGCUCAGGUGAAGCCAUCUGGAUACACUGAGAUCGGUACCCGUCUCCGCGAGCGCAUUCUCAACCCCUUAUUAUAUUCCCAGUAUAACGACGAGGUGAAGAAUAUGAGGCGACCAAUUCUUAUCUCAAUCAUCACCGACGGAGUCCCAUACGGAGGAAGAGCAUCGCAAGAGAAGCUCAAUACACUCCAGGACGAGAUCAUGAAAUGUCAGGACUACUUAGUUGCAAUGGAUCUUCCGCUUCGCUCUGUUGUCUUUCAGAUCAGCCAGAUCGGCAGCGACCCGAAUUCCAAAGACUUCUUACAGAAGCUAAAGGACCAGAAUCUUGAGAAUGUAUACAUUACCUCACGUAAGUUGAACCUACCACACAAGCAACAUCCGAGCACUAACAUAAACUCGUAGAACAACUUGACUCUAAGUUUCGCGAGCUCAGUGAUAACGAGAAAGACCUAGAGGCUUGGGUAAGCAUAACCCCUAUUCCCAGAGCGACUGGUAGAUAGUGAGACUAAUACAACUAUUUUGGUACCUCAGUUAUUCCAAACACUCCUUGAGCCAAUCUUGGACAGGAAAGCCGGCUAAGUCCAAAAACACAGCUGUGUAGAUCUUAAGUGAGGGGUUGUUGUAAGAUCAAGGAAAAGAAAUGAUGGAGACGGACCCGAGGAUCUAUUACUUAUCGACCGGUUUAUGUCGAAUUCAUUCGU